CAGGUAGGCGUCCUCUCACUGCGUCCCUGCGAUCAGUCGUUGCUUUCCGGCGAAACAAGUGGACCGAACACAACAUGAGCUCUUUGAGGAAUAAGACCUGAGGCUAAAUUGAUCCCGCUGCUUCCUAAAUAUCCGAAACUGCUUCUUUUCAGAGUUGUCGAGCUGUUUUCCCAUGACUGUUUGGUUCUUUUAGCUGGGAUACACUUGACCAGAUAGCUGUUAAAUGUUUUCUAAAUAAUUAGGCAAAUUGGCAAACCACAUUUAUUACAUCAUAAGCGGGGACAUCUCAAUGUGGACACAACGUUGAAUCUGCCAUAUUGUCCACCUCGUUAAACGUUGUUCCUCUGGGAUUAAGAGACAUCACGCUGAGACACAGCUGAUCCCUAGAGGUCAGACACUCUCUGACCCAGAAUCCCCCCGCAGGAGGAUAUGGAAGUCCUGCGCCGGUCCUCUGUGUUUGCUGCAGAAGUCCUGGAUGUGUUUGACCGAUCGUUGUCUGAGAAGGAGCUGGUGUCCCAGUCCAAAGCCUUGUGCAGAGACUACAUAGUGUCCAGACUCAACCAGAACGGACUGGGAUGGUCCAAAACUGAACUCAACCUCUCUCCCUCAAACGCAACGCUUGCUGAGGUUUCUUUGGUGCUUCUCUGCCUCGGCGACGAGCUGGAGUGUAUACAGCCCAGUUUGUACAGGAACGUGGCGCGGCAGCUCAACAUCUCUGUUGCCAUGGAGAACAUGGUUUCAGAUGCCUUCAUCGGAGUGGCGACAGAGAUCUUCUCAACAGGUAUAACAUGGGGUAAGGUGGUGGCCAUGUUUGCAGUAGCCGGAGCCCUGGCAGUGGAUUGUGUCCGAAACGGUUACCCCACCACCGUGCAAAUCAUAGUGGACAGUCUGGGACAGUUCGUCCGCAAGUUCCUGGCUCCCUGGCUGAAGAGACGGGGAGGAUGGGCGGAGAUGACGAAAU